AUGAACGAGAACACGCCGCAAACGCCCCGCCGAACAACAAGUUCCGGUCUCUCGCCGGAUCCCGCACAAUCAAUCCCUCUCCGUGAACUUCAACGCCCGGGGGAAGCUGAUGGAGGCCAUGGGGCGGGUUUGCAGGGCGGCAUCGGGAGCGGCGGGACGGCCCAGGGGACAUGGCAACAGCACUCAGGGGCAGGAGCACGCCUUGGAGCCGGGGAUGCGCCGUCGCCUAUUGCCAUGUCGGCAAACCUACCUGGGUUCUCGUCAUAUUGGGAACACCCAUAUCCUCAUGCAGACGACGGGGCCGGGGCCAGUGGCGGUGCGUCGCCCAUCGACCGCAUGGCUCUACAGUUUGCGCUCCCUCCCGAUAUACAUCCACAACAACCUAGGUCCCAGCUUGAGCAAUACAUAACCUCCGCCGACGACCCAUACCGAACCCCCCAUGCGUACUUUGAAGAGCGCGCCGACACGGAUUCUCUCGAGUCGGACACGGUGCCCUUGAAGCCUGCAGCACAACCCAUCGGCCGCCUAGAUGCACCAAACGGCGAGCCGUCGCCCCGGAACAGUUUCCAAACCGUAUCUGAUAUGGGAAAUACACCCUCCCGCGCCCGGAGCGCCCAGAUGCUUGGUUUCGACUUGGAACCAGGGUUAGCGUCUAAUCGCCACCGUAGCUAUGGGGAUCAUCUUGCGCCCAUGGACCGGCGUCGGUCUCGUUCCCCGUCAACCAGCGGAGCUCUGUCCAGAGCAAGCUCCAUCAUGAGAGCCAUGUCUCAACGCGUCGUUAUGAUCAGCGGAGAGGGUGACCUAGUCGAUCAGGCAGCUCGGCGGGAUCGGUCGCGCUCGCCGAGCCCCGAUGGGCGUCAUCCGUCCCGUGUGUCUGGACCCAUGCUUGUUGAUACCUCCUACCCCUCGCAAUUGUUCCCCACGCCGACCGAGAAAAGGCCCGGUUCCGAUUAUUUCCAGCCUGAGCCAACAGCCCCCAUGCCCCGGCGGCACGGUCCGCUCCCGAACCCACUAAAAGGGAACUCGUUAGGCAUAUUCCCUCCCGACAACCCAAUACGGAAACGGCUCUGUGAUGUCUUGGUCAGCCCAUGGACGGAGCCGUUCAUAUUGGUUUUGAUUGUUGCCCAGGCGAUCCUGCUAGCGGUUGAGGCAGCUCCUGACGUCUUCGUCGAGGGGAAUGGCAGACCCAAGCAUUGGGGCACUACCCGAAUUGACUGGGCCAUCCUGGGUCUAUUCAUCGUUUUCACUCUUGAAAUCAUUGUCAGGAUCAUCGUGUCUGGCCUUAUCAUCAACGCUGAUGAGUAUGCCCCGGUCGGAAGCAAGCGGAGACUGAGAGAGAGGGUGGCCGAGCAGUACCACGCCAUCUUCAAACCACAGCGCCAGAAAUCAGUCAGGCAGCCGCCGCAGGAGCAGCAGUUCGUGCCCGCCUUCCAAAGAUCAUUUACAAUGAUGCAUGGGAUGCCAGGUGAGGUUUCGCUAAAAGAACAGCAGCGGCUUCACCUCGCCCGCAGGGCAUUCCUCCGCCAUGGUUUCAACAGGCUAGACUUCAUCAUUCUCAGGAGUCUUAAGAAGUCUGCCCCACUUCUCGUUCGGGUUUCGUUUCUGAUGGGCUUCUUCUGGCUUCUCUUCGCUAUCAUCGGGGUCCAGAGCUUUAAGUCCAGCCUUAGCCGCCAAUGCACCUGGAUCAACCCCGAGGAUCCCACGAACUUUGCAGCCGCCUUCACUCCAGACCUGUCGUUUUGCGGCGGUCAUCUAAACGCGACGACGAACAAGACCGAACCUUGGGUUUCCUCCCCAACGAAGAACUUGUCUCCGGAGUUCCUCAUCCCCGGCGCCAAAAGUGCCAAAGGUUUCAUCUGCCCGAGGGGAUCCAUUUGUCUCCAGCAGGACAAUCCGUUCAACGGUACGGUCAACUUCGAUGAUAUCGGGCAUUCUCUCGAGCUGGUCUUCGUCAUCAUGAGCGCCAAUACUUUCUCUGAUCUGAUGUACUACACGGUGAGCUCGGAUUUUCUGCCGGCUGCCCUCUUCUUCGGGGCCGGUAUCAUUAUCAUGAUGCUCUGGAUGACCAACUUGUUGAUCGCCGUCAUCACCUCGUCUUUCCAAGUCAUCAGAGAAGAAUCCAAGGCCAGUGCUUUCACCGCCGACGACGAGCCGUCUCUCUUUCAGACAAAUAUGGAGAAGAUCCCGCGGAGAAAGUCGGCUCUACAACGAAUCUUCGACAAGACCUCGUGGGUUUGGGUCUUGGUCAUUACGUAUGGCCUCUUUUGCCAGUCAUUACGGAGCGCAACUAUGUCACAAAGCCGAGAAAAUUUCAUCAACGCGUCCGAGAUUGUUGUCACCAGCCUUCUCGAUGUCGAAAUACUCCUGCGGUUUCUCUCUAACAUCCGGAGAUUCCAUCACAAGCCGCGUAAUCUAAUUGACCUCGGGCUCGCCGUGAUCACCACCAUUAUUCUCAUUCCGCCGAUCCGAAACUCGGGCCAGGUGUAUAAUUGGCUCACCAUCUUCCAAAUCAUCCGGGUCUACCGCGUCGUCCUAGCCAUCCCCAUGACAAGCAAGCUCAUCGAGCUGGUGCUGGGGAACGUUACGGGUAUCGGCAAUCUUAUGGUGUUUGUCUUUCUCAUUACGUUUUUGAUGGCAAUCUUCGCUUCACAACUGUUCCGGGGCCAGCUACCGGCAACGGACGACGACGGGGAAUACUUGAGGAUUCCAUUCAACACUAUCUACAACUCGUUCCUCGGCAUGUACCAGGUCCUCUCGAGCGAGAACUGGACCGAUAUUCUCUACAGCGUUACAUCGUACACGACCCAACUCAAUACGGCCUGGAUAGGCGCCAUCUUCCUCAUCGGCUGGUUCAUUCUCUCCUACUUCAUUCUCAUCAACAUGUUCAUUGCUGUCAUCCAAGAAAACUUUGACGUGGGCGAGGACAUGAAGCGCUUGGAGCAGGUGAAGGCGUUUCUGCAACGCAGAGAGCUGGGCAGUUCGUCCAAUCUAGCCUUAUCCAAGGUCUUUGGUUUUGGCAGAUCCCGGAAUCGAGCGGAUCCCCUCGACCAGACUACGGGUGCCGGUGUGGUGGACAUGCUAUUCAAGGAGGGAUUCGUGCGGGAAUUUCUCGACGACGCUUUGGACGAGCUCCAGGAGCCUCAAGGGGAUAAACAAUCACAGCAGCCCGGCGUGAAAGGCAGAGCCAACAACGGGUUUCUAGCUACUGUGCAGGAAAAAGUGGCCUCGAUGUUCCUCGGCGGGGAACCCAACCCAUUCUAUUCCAACGUUCGAUUUGGCGGGCCGAUCGCCACUCUCGAUCCUGCGCAGUUAGCUCGCCAAGCCGUGAAUUCUACCGCCGCCCGGCGCAAGGCGCAGAGGGAGUAUUUGAUGCGACAUCCCAACUACAACACUUCUCUCUUCAUCUUCAAGCCGCGGAAUCGCCUUCGUCGUCUCUGUCAGAAGCUCGUGGGCCCGGGUCACGGAACGGAACGGUUCGACGGAGUACAGCCCAACAAGUAUGCCUGGUACACAUUUUCUGCCGUCAUCUACGCGGCCAUCGUGGCCAUGGUGGUACUGGCUUGCGUCACCACCCCACUCUAUCAAAAGGAGUACUUCCGUGAACACCCCUUCACCCCACUAAACUGGUUCGUCUGGACGGACACUGCCUUUGCUAUCGUGUUUACCGUCGAGGCGUUCAUCAAAAUCAUUGCCGACGGCUUCUUUUGGACCCCGAACGCCUACUUUCGAAGCACCUGGGGUAUCAUCGACGCCAUCGUGCUGGUCACUCUAUGGAUCAACGUGGUCACCCUCUUCACCAAUGCAGGGGCUAUCUCUCGAGCCGUCGGCGCCUUCAAGGCUCUCAGGGCGCUGCGCCUGCUUAAUGUCAGUGACAGCGCCCGGGAUACGUUCCACUCCCUCAUCAUCGUUGGUGGCUGGAAGAUUUUAAGUGCCGCGUUUGUCUCGAUUUCGCUGCUAAUCCCAUUUGCCAUCUAUGGGCUCAAUCUCUUCAACGGAAAGUUGAUGAUGUGCAACGACGGCGACGGCAUCGUGAACUUGAGCGACUGCGUUGGCGAGUUCAACAGCACACCUUACAAUGCCGACUGGCCUAUGCUCGCUCCGAGGGUCGCCGACAAUCCUUUCUUCAACUUCGACGAUUUCGGGUCCAGCCUCUUCAUCCUCUUCCAGAUCGUGAGUCAAGAAGGGUGGACGGAUGUGUCCUUCGCUGCGCAAGCCAUCACCGGCAAAGGGCUCCAACCAGAUGGUGAGCCGCCGUACGGGGCCCAGGGCAACGCCUUGUUUUUCGUGGUGUUCAACCUCUUGGCCACCGUCUUCGUUCUCACUCUGUUCAUUUCGGUUUUCAUGAGAGGCUAUACCGAACAGACGGGAGUGGCAUUCUUGACUGCCGAGCAACGGUCUUGGCUUGAACUGCGUAAAAUGCUCCGUCAGAUCUCGCCGUCCAAGAGCGCUUACGACGACAAAAAGAACAAGUGGAAGAUGUGGUGCCACAAACGCGCCAUUGAGAAACGCGGAAAGUGGUACCUAGCCAUCACCACGGUCCUUGUCUUCCACCUAGUUCUUCUCCUCACCGAGUUCUACGAAGAGCCGGUUUACUGGACGCAAGUCAAGGACAUCUGUUUCCUCAUUUUCACCCUGAUUUACAUUGCCAACCUCAUUGUGCGCGUCUUCGGCCUCGGUUGGACGCGGGGUGAGGUCACGUACAUCCAGCUCCACAAGUUUUUCUUGGUGGCGCUGGUGCUCAUGCUCAUUCCGCGGAACGACGCCCUCGACCAGCUGUUCAAGACGGCGGCAGCCAGUCUGACAACGAUAGGCAGCUUGCUGGCGACGUGGAUCGUGUUCUUCCUGGUGUUUGCCAUAGCGUUGACGCAGACAUUCAGCCUUACGCGGUUCGGCAGUCAAGAGGAUGCCAACAUCAACCUUCGCACCGUACCCCACGCCCUCAUCCUCCUCUUUAGGUUCAGUUGCGGAGAGGGCUGGAACGAGGUGAUGGAGGAUUUUGCGCAGGUCAAGCCUCCGUUUUGUGUCGAGGGCCAGACCUUCUUCGACAGCGACUGCGGCAGCACCGCGUGGGCUCGCGUGCUCUUUGUGGCGUGGAACAUCAUCAGCAUCGGACAAGCGGCCUGGCCGCGGUCGAUCGAGACGAAAUCCGGCGUUUCAAGGAAGCAUGGCGCAGUGUUGAUGCGUCCGGCACGGGGUUCAUCAGCAAGGACGCGUUUCCGCGGCUCCUACGGCGAGCUUUCCGGGGUGUUCGAGAUGCGCAUCUACGAUAACGACGAUUCGGUGCGGGCUAUCCUUGAGGACGUGCGGAACGAGAACGACGCAGCCAGCGUUAGGCACGCGUCAAUCAUCAGCAAGAGCCAAUACCAGACAGGCGUAGAUUUGAAGAAGCUAAACGAACGCCUGGCGAUGAUUGACGUUGCGAAGGUCCGCGAGCGCCGGCGCCGGUUCAACAUUUUCUUUGAGGAGGUGAUGGUCUCAGCGGACCCUGAGAGAGGUAUCUCGUUCACGACAGUGCUAAUGCUUCUGGCGCAUUACAACAUCAUCAACGACAGCAAGAGUUUACGGCUUGAAGAAUUCUUGCGUCGCAAACUGCGCCUCCAGCGCGUCGAAGAAGAAGUCCGGAGAAGAAUCGUCCUCGGCUUCUUCGACAUGCUCUACUACUCACGCCAGUUCAAGCGGCACAUGGAAAAGAAGCGCGCCGGGCGCAUGACGGCGAUCCCGCAGCUCGAUAUCCCCGAGAUUCUGGUGGACAACGAGGAGCGCCAGUCCGAACAGGGCGACGGAGGUGGUGGCGGCCAGGGAGGCCAGGAACAGCAAAAACAGCGGCAGCAACAGCAGCAACAGCAACAGCAACACUCUCCAGUGAGCCGUAGCAGAGCCAAGUCCAGCGCAGCGGUCACCACGCCCGUCGAGGGAUCAGGCGGUCUGCUCUCGCCGUCGACCAGCCGCGCCAAGUCCGCGCAACACCGAAGCUGGGCGGGCCUCGGCGCCGACCUGUCGUCCUACGACACCUCGUACGGGCACCCGCUCGCCGGGCCGCGGGGGUCCCGGCCGGCGGCGGCGGCGGCGUCCCCUGCCCGCCAGUCGCAGGGGAGCACCUUCAGCUUCGAGCUGACGGAGCCGGGCCUGGUGGCGGGCGACGACGCGGAUGAGGCGACCAGCCUGGGGAGACGCGGCAGCUCGGUUGACCCCUCCGUCGUCAGGGAUAUACUAGACAACUCGGUGUGGGUGGAGAGUUUGAGGAGGAGCGCGACGAGAAAGAGCGGGUGGGGGGGCGCCGCGGGAGGUUUCAAGUGA